UUCGUAGUGACGCCGUGUAGCACAUAGCGCGUAGGUAUAUUAUUGUGUGGCUGUUCCUCCUUGUGUUAGCAGACGUACGAAAUCUACUUUGCUCCAAGAAAAAUGCCAGACGUCACUGAUGAAGAACUUCGCAAGGAGAUCGAGAAGAUCUUAAAAAAUGCCGAUUUGGGGAAAACGUCGACCAACAAGGUCAUCCAGAAGCUCGAGAAAGUUUUUGACGUCAAGUUGGCUGACCGCAAAAAGACCAUAGAUCAGAUGGUGCUGGACUACGUCAACAGCCAAGAGUCCGACGACGACGACAAGGAUGAUGACGAUGACGACGAUGAGGAAGACGAAGAAGAAGUGAAGAAGCCUGCCAAGAGGGCUGCUUCGAACAACAAGAGUGCCAAAAAGCCGCGCAAGAAACGCGCUAAGAAUUCUGAUGACUCUGAGGACGAGGAUUAUGAAAGCAAUGACAGCGAAUAUGAGGAAAAGAAACCUAAGAGGCAAGCGGCCAAAGGGAAGAAAGCUGGCGCCAAAGGCGGCGGUCGAGGCAAAGGCAGCGGCUACACUCGCGCCUACAAACUGUCGCCGGCUCUGGCUGAGCUCAUGGGAGCAGAUGAGAUGCCUCGCCAUGAAGUAGUCAAGCGUAUGUGGGCCAUAAUCAAGGAGAAGGAACUCUAUGACCCCAACAACAAGCAGUUCGCAAUCUGCGACGACGCUCUAUACAAAGUCAUAGGAACCAAACGCUUCCGCACCUUCGGUAUGAUGAAGUAUCUGAAAACUCAUUUCCUUGACGAGUAAGUUUACGCUUUAGUCAGUUUGCGUGGACAAAUUACGAAACUUGGCGUUGUGUUGUAUGGAUGACUGCAACGUCUAGCGUUUACAAAAAUGCGACGAUGCUUACGUACCAUACGGUAUUAAAACUAUUUUAGUCAUUAAAUCACUUUUUUGUCAAACAUACAUAGGUACUUUUUGACGUGCACGGUAGUGCAUAGGCCAAGUCGAAUAGAAGCUACAUUUAUGAACAGUCCACGCAGACGUAUUGAUCUCGUGUUCAUAGAUUUUGUCCUAUGUUAUUUUUAUGUCUAAACACGACUUAAAGUUUGUACAAGAUCCAUCAACACGAGAUUUUAAGAAAAAUUGCUGUGAUAUCUCAUAGAUAACCGGUAUUGGCAGCAAUUAUUAAGUAAGGAUUUCAAAGAAACCACAUAACUACUUAGAUUUCAACCGACAGGUCAACUUGCAUUUACAUUAUGUACUUUCUUCUAGUAAUAUCGUCCAUGUGUCGCUACAAUUUGGAAGAAAAUAAUUAUUUAAUAAGAAUAAAAUAUUACUUGUAAUGAUAAGCAUAGUACAGAAAUGUUGUACAAACUUCGACAUAAGUGAAUCGUUUAAUUCAAAAAUUUAAAUCUAUUGCCAAAUUAUGUUUUCUAAAAACUAAUCAUUGUAUCAAAAGUUCGACGACAAUAUUUUGUUUUUAUACUUUUUCGUUUGAGGUUGUUAACACACAACUUGGCAUAUUUUGCUAAUUAAAAUUGAAAUCAAGUGUCCAUAAAUAAUUUUGUGCAAUAAAACGAGGAGUUAAUGUUGAGUUUUUGGUUUUUGCAAAUGUUUAAUCUCUUCUGUGAAUAUAUGCCAAGUUGUGUGUCUGGUCUGAUUGAGACUUCGGAACUAGCUGUACCUAAUUUCUAAGGUUGUAUUAUAAUCUCCUAAUGGAGACUGACGAAAUAAAUUUACCUUUAAUCAAUAA